UGUUCUCUUUAACAUCCAAAUAGACAUCAAAAUGAGCGGUGGUAUUCGUAUCGCAGUACGACAUAGUGCUAACAGGUGGGCAAAUCAAUCAUGUUCGUUGCCAAGGCUACCACAUCGAUUGAUAUCCACAACAACUAUCAUUAGAAGCAAAGAAGGAAAAAGUUCAGCGAAUUACAAAGAAUGGGCAUCAAAAGAGGCAAUAGAAGCAUUGGAAGGCUUCAAAGCUCGAUACGCUGAUUUGAAAACGAGCGAUGGCUUGAAACCAGCUUCAACAUUCUAUCAACAAAUUGAUGCCAAUCAAAUUCAUCUCUUACGAAUCACACAGGCAAAUAUGGUCCCUUUGAAUAUCUUGAGAACACAUUUAGGAUCGCAUGGAGAGAAAGGAUCAGAUUAUGAAACAAAGUUGAGGGAAUACGAAGAAGACAUCUUAACGGGAGAAGGUGCAUUGGCCAAUGGCAUUCUUGCAAAUGGAAUCCCGACGGGAUCUCUAGUGAUUCCGACUGAACAUUUAGCAUUUUUCACUCCACGAGUUUCGUCUACUUCGUUAGGAUUAGAUGGUUCAGAUACACCUUUCAAUCCACCCGGAGGAAUCUUUACGAGAAGAAUGUGGGCAGGCGGUCGAAUGGAAUGGACGAAAGAAGCAAACGAUCCGGCCAAAAGGAUGAAAGUAGGUGAUCAAAUAUGGGAAAAGACGUUCGUGGAAGAAGCAGAAUUGAAGAAACUAGGAGAUGGAGGAGAGAUGAUUCUGGUUUGGGCAAGGAAGGAAUUCGGACAAAAAGAUGAUCUUGAAACACCUGUAUUGAUCGAUAAAAGAUCUUGGAUUUAUAGACGUGCUUUAGAUCCUUCAAAAGUUAAACAAUCAGAAACACCUUCAAUCAAUCUUUCAAAGCCGGAUUUAUCCUCUCUAACGCCUCCAGAAGGUCUACAGAAUCCUACCUUGCUAUUUCAAACACCGGCGAAUCUUUUCCGUUAUUCAGCAUUGACUUUCAACGCUCAUGCAAUUCACCUUUCUCCACCUUGGGCACAAAAUGUAGAAGGACAUCAAGGUAUAGUGGUCCAUGGACCUUUAAAUUUAAGUUUGCUGAUUCGGAAAUGGGGUAGAGAGAUUGCAGGUUGGCGUUUAAGCAAUCAUGGUGAAUUCAAAGACGUUCAUCCUACACAAGAUAGAAGGGUACUGAAGAGCGUUGAUUAUCGUGCCAAGAAACCAGUCUAUGCUGAACAACCUUAUUGGAUCGGUAUUCUGGAAGAUAAAAACAAUCAAGGUGAUCAUCAACAUACAGUUGUGGCUAUGCAGCCUGACGGAAAGGUUCUCAUGGAAGCCACGAUUACUUCCGAAGUAGAGAUAGGUUCCAAAGCUUGAGAAGGGAAGAUAUCUUGUAUAGAAAGAGUGUUGAUGAAUUGUUAUAUAUCAUUCUCGGCAUUAUUCGGAGUAUGACUUUAGAAGAUUGUCUAUGAGUAAAACGCGGGGUAGUGUAAUCUAUUCUUGUGGGUGCACUACGACUGUAUUUCGGAUAAAGCGCUUUGAGAAAGUAUCGGAUCCUUUUUAUUACUCACACU